ACCAUGGGUUAGACACAAACUCUGAAAGAAACAUAUUCUAUGAAUAAGAACCUGAAAGAUUGGGACCGUAUGACUGCGUUAACCGGAAGUGUUCCCAUCGGAAACAUGCCAGAAAUUAGGGUUCCGCCCUGAGCUCUGACUGGUGUGCAAAGGUGCGACCAAGAGUUCAGUAAAAAACAAGUACAUAGGUCAGUUUCUGAGGCGAUGUGAUCAAUGACAUAGUGCCAUUUGUUUUAUGCAGCCUUGAACUGAAGUGAAGUGUCCCCAAAUAAAAACAUGGAAGAACACUGCAGAGAUUCCAUCCUGCAGCAAACGUCAGGUGAUACAAUAAAUGUAGAAAAUAUGAACUCUGUUCCAUCACGUGAAGAAGACAAACAGGAAGAGGCUAAGAAUUCGCUGGAGCAUCAAAACCAAGGAGAUUUUGCUUCAUCGUCUGCACCUGCAAACAGAGGAAGUAAAAGUGACAACGGUAAAGAUACAAGCCUGGCCGACGUAAAAAGCAGUGGUUUACUUGAAGAUGAAAUUGUAGCCGUUACAACAGAACCUCCUCCACAUGAGGAAAGUCCAUCAGAUGUUAAAGAGCUGGAGAAGGAAGCAGCGUCAGAAGCAACUGGUUCAACCUGUCAGGAGGACCAGGAUGGUAACACGGCAGAUCGAUCCAAUGCUGAACAGAAUACACACUUGUCUUCAGAAAAACCCACACAUGUCGGAGCUGAAGAAGCAAAAAGCCUAACUAGACAGAAGGAAGAUCUAGAAGCGACCGGUUCACAGUGGAUGUAUGACCAAGCUGUUGACCAAGUGGACCAACCUGAGGCUGUUUCAUACACAAAGUCAUCAUCUGUCAAAUGCACCAAUGUUUCAGCAGAAGAGGAUGAUGGAAAAGGAGAAGAGAAUGAUUCCUCCGAGCAGGAGGAGAAAGAAAGCGAUAAGAUGUCGCACAAGCAAAGACCUAAAGUUCAAACCAUUGGCCCCAUCGCUGAGGAAAAAACAGAGUUUGCAACGACAUUGGCUAAAUUUAUCAAAGGAAAUUCCAUGUACGUAAUGGGCUUGGCUUUAGUGCUGGUUGCUGUUCUUCUGAUGACUCCUCAGCAGCCUGGGCCCCCGCCUCAGUUAAACAGUGUAGACCUCCUCCUUGGGCAGAUGGAUAAACUGAAGACACGGUUCCCUCAUCAACGCUCUGAGUUCUGGACCAGAAGCAGGAUCCACCUGAAGCGGCACCUGCAGACGGCUCAACCCACGGCGCCUGUAAACCUCAUUCUAACUGCUGGUGUCCGAGCCGAGAGGACUCUGCACUGUCUGGCCCAAGGCCUGGCUUCAGCCUUUUCCUUUGCCGUCAAUGCCUCCGUCCUUAACAUUGAUGGAGCCAGCGCAGCCAGCCAGGACAGCGACCAGGUCAAACUGGACAUUGACAACAAGUUACAAGGAGCCUUUGAAGGAGACAAACCUGUGGCCGUCAUUCACCGCUUUGAGGAGCUGCCUCCAGGCUCCACGCUCAUUUUUUAUCGUUACUGUGACCAUGAGAAUGCAGCAUUCAAGCAGACUGUUCUGAUCUUCACAGUGCUACUGGAGGAUGACGAGAUUCCUGGAAAGGUCCAUCUAAACUCUGUAGAAGAAAUGGUGGACGAUCAUCUCAAGAAGAAAUUCCUCACCAGCAGCCUCCCCGUGUCCUUUGACAGAAUGGACCUGGACAAGUACAGUGGACUGUGGAGCCGUAUUUCACACCUCAUCCUCCCGGUGGCAGCAGAGACAAGGGUAGAACAUCAGGGCUGCUAGAGCGGGGAAGUCAGCUGAAGUUCUCUUUGUAGUGCGGUUGUCCCAACAUCCCAAAGUUGUUGUUCCAUAUUGUAGCUCAAGUGAAGGUCAUGAGGUAGUUAUUAGACAAUAGGAAGAAGUAUGUUUGAGGUAAUUUUCAGAUAUUUCUGAGGACAUCUGUCAUUAUAAAUGUUUCAUAAAACACAGUGGCACUUUAUUAUGACACGAUCAUCUGUAAACUAGUUGUAAAUUAUUCAUCUUUGGUUGUGGAAUUUUUAAAUGUGUAGUUCCGAUUAAAAAAAAACUACUGUGAUAUGUGUAAAUUUGGUAAGAUAUUUAAUGAAAUUCUUUCGUUCAAGGAUCAUAAGCACAUUAUUUAGAAACCUUGGUAAUUUAUGUCCAUAAAUAGAAAAAGUACUGCUGCCCCAAACUUACCUAAACCUUUGUUUUUUACUACAGUGUGCAGACUUUGAAUGCCAUGAUUUUUAUGUCACUCCUGUAACACUUCUGGGGGUAAAAGGAGAAAAUGAAAGCAGAGGGCAGCAACACUGAAAUCACCAUAAAUUCACUCAUAAAUUAUGAGUAAUUCUAAUUUCUGCGAUCUAUACUUUAAACAAACCAUUUAAACAUUACAGACUCUGCUCUUUUUCAUGACAGGUUUUUAAACCCACAUCACCCCAUCACGUGCCUUAAAAUAACAGCUUUAUUUAUCCGUUUCUGUAUACACAAGUACACUACUGGUUUACCAAAAUGUGCCUUAAAGUGCAAAAUAAAUAAAGGUGGUUAAAGAA